UAUACAAAAAUAGCAUUAUACAUGUUAUAUAGAUAUCAGGUUUUGAACAUGAAUGUAAUUUUGCUUCCUGAGCCUCUGGUUAGGGUUUCGAACACAAAUAUUAAUGUAACAAAAGUUAAAUAACUUUCUUUUUUCUUCCUGUCAUCACAAUUUUGCAACACAAUUUUAUGACACCUUGAUAAUAGCUAGUAUUGUGGGUUUUUUUCUAAGUGGAAUGCAAGCACACAAUUCUUGUAAUUUCUCCUUUGCGAGCUUUAAUGCAGGAUCAGGUGCAAUCACUGAAUGCCCACAAUGUGAAAGCUAGAGCUCUUUUGGACACCACUUCAUUGGAAGAACUUGAAGGUAGCAGCAUUUUAUUUUCCUCCCCUGAAGCUGCAGUAUUGCCGAAAUGGAAGAAAAUAAUUAGGAAAACAGCUAUUUCAGUUGUUGUGUUUGAUGAGGCUCACUGCAUAUCACAAUGGGGUCUUGACUUUAGACCAGACUACCGAAAGGUAUCCACACUGCAGAGUUGGCUGUCUGCUCCAACUCUUGUGUUGACUGCCACUGCUACAGCAGAUAUCCAGAAAGACAUAUAUGAAGUGUUGGGGAUGACCGAGGACAGCACUAAAGUCAUUGCUCUUUUACCAGACAGACAGUUGUGAAUAUUGAUGAGGAAUAUGCCACAAAAUCUUAUCCUCCAUUUCAUUAAAAAAUGGUAUCCUUUUGCAAAGUAUUCUUUCAACAAGCACUGUCAUCUGUGACCUUAAGUCCACUUCAUCUAAUUCACAGGGAAGCAAUUUGAACAGAGGAAUAUUCAGAAUAUCAUCUGGAGAGGGUUGUUCAUCACUGAGGUGAAGAGUGUUGAUGCGAUCUAAGGCUGCAUAUGCUUGCAUCAUAUUGAACAUCUUAUUCUUUUUGUCCCUUGUCUGGUGCCUGACUGUAGUUUUUUGAUUAACGUUAUCAAAGCAGACAGAAAAACAUGGUUUUCCUGGAAUAAAGGCAGAUAUCAGUGGAAAGAACAUUCAUAGAAAGUCUGCUUCACAAAUGUUAUAUUUGUGUGUUUCAAUAAUUAUAAAAUAUUCAGACUUUAAACAAAACAUUACCUCGAGGUUCUGAUACGUUGUCAGAAGACGUGCUUAACCUACUACUUGGGUCAUCAGAAUCACUAGUUAAUGAUGGCCUCCUAAGUAGUGGAAUGACAGGUUGACGCAUAGGUGACUGAGAAUGUCGCACAGGUGAUUGAGCAGGUGUGUCCACUGACAUUGGUGUUGAGCUCUCUGCAUAUGGAAUAGUGUCUGCUGUGGAAAUAUCUGAUGGUAGGAGUAAAUGAUCCGUGAUUGAACUUCGCCAUUCAAAGACUGUAGAAUCAAAAUUUCUCCUGAUCCUGUCUACUGCAUUCAUAGUACCAUGAAUACCAACACACAGUCCCAAAUGAUUGAAUCGGCUAAACAACUAAAAUGACAAAACACAUGUUUUUGAACACUGAAAUGAAUUCAGUUACUGAUAAUAAUUAACAUAUUAAUUUCCAUAUACAUGCUUCUCCUAAUGAAAUAUAUUGCAACUUUAUUAUUUUAUUUAAUUUCUAUUUUACCUGACGUUUACAACUUGCAAGCCACAUUUGUAGGGCAUUUAACUCCUGCAAGUUUGCCAUUUUCUUCGGUUUUGUUUGGUAUGCCAGAAUGGACAUGACUGUGCCUAUGGUAGGUGCAGCUGAAAUAUGGGGUCUACCUCGUAGUGUCAUUGUCUCCAUUGUUCCUUUUGAUGUCAGAGCGCCAAGUAAACAAGCAGUGAGUAGAGGACAAUGCACCUUCAUCUCAUCAAGGAAAUCAUUCCAUCUAAACUCUUUCCACUGUUGAAUUCCUUUAUGUGCCCCAAACUUUGAAUUACUUUGUUUCAAGAAAAUUCCCAUCUCAUCCUGAACAGCCUCUUUAGUGAGGGAGUAGAUAGCUUUCAGGGCUCCAGAUCUUGUGCUCAUUAGCAGUUUUAAUCCCCUCCUAUACUGUCGCAGUCUGAGAUAAGUCAAUGCCCUAUUGACAUCUACCUCUGCCUUUGUUAGCUAAAAAAUAUUGAUAUUCUAUAUUAUGAGAUUGAUCACUGAACAUUAUCUUCACCUUUUAUUAUGUCAGUAUGUUAAAUGAACAAAAUGUGUUUUUGAAACAGUAUCAUAUUUUGUACUUAUCUGAACAUUUAACUUAGAUGCAUGACAUUAUGUUUCAAAACAAGCAUAUACUGUUUA